AUGUCUAAAAAGGUUUUGAUAUCAAUGAAGGAUGAAAAUCCAGAUUUGCAGAAGCAAAUUGGGUGCAUCAGUGGGUUUUUUCAGCUCUUUGACCGCCACAGGGUCCUCACAGGCCACCGCAGUAACAGCCACAAUCAGAAUAUCCCAAUUAAAGGUGGUACAAGGAACCAUGUCAAAGAGGUGAAUAAUACAACUCAAAAGGCAACGGGAAAUAAUGUGAAGGUUGCAGGAGAGAAUCAACAAUUCUCAACAGAAUCAUCUGGAACUUCAAUGUCUUCAUCAUCUCGUUCAUCUAGCAUGUCAUCCCUCGAGUUCAGUAGAACAAUUCAGAUAGAUCCACCACCAUUCAGUCCAAUGAAAAUUCCAGAAAACUCUAAUUCAGAAGUAUCAAUGAAGCAACAUGGCAACCAAGGCCCUCAAUCCCUUGAUUUCUAUGAUAUUGUCAAAGAGUCAAUGCAUAGAGAUGUUCAAGGAUUGUCAGUAAAAAUUGCAGCUAAAGAGGAUAAGAAGGGUAGAAUCUUGAAAUACAUUGACUCUCCCAGGCCAUUGGAGCCCCCAAAACCUGUCAAUAUGGUUGCUUGGGAUUCCCCGAGACUCUCUUAUGAUGGGAGGGACGCACAAGAUACAUUAAAAUCUGCUAUAAAGCCCAAGGAACUCCCCAGGCUUUCCUUGGAUAGCAGAGAAGGAUCCAUCAAAAGCUUCAAUGAAGGAACAAAAUGUCGUGGCCUUUUGAAGGGUCCACAGAAAGGGUGUGGUAGCUCUGGCACAAUGCUUAAGCAGCUGCAGGAACCAGAAACUUCUAGAAGAUCAUCUGGUGUUGUAGUAAGGUUGAUGGGACUAGAAGCCUUCCCAGACAGCGCUGAAACUUAUGAUCCUCCGCCCCGGAUUUCUACCAACAAUGAUGAAUACAAGCAACACCAAAGUGCAGCAUCCCUGAGAACAAUGGAGGGGUCUACCUUGUUUCAGUUUAGGAGGGAUGCUUCAAUCAUGAAUGUGACACCGUAUUCACGGUUUUCCCUAGAACCAACUCCAUGGAGGCAACCUGAAGCAAGCCAAGGUUCUCCAUUGCAGACUCCCAAGAGAAGUGAAUCUUCAGCAAAAGCAUCAAACCUAUCCCUCUCUGUAUAUGGGGAAAUUGAAAAGAGGAUAGCAGAUCUAGAGUUCAAAAAUUCUGGAAAGGAUCUUAGAGCCCUUAAACAGAUUCUUGAUGCAAUGCAGAGAUACAAAGAAUCAUUAGAUACUACAAGGGAUCAGGCUUCAAAUUCUCUAUCUGACAAUAGAAGUAAUAGCAGUCUUAGUGAAAGCUCGAUAGUUAAAAGCCCAAGAAUACGGCAGAAGGACCCAACAUCCUCCACUAUUGAGAUGUCAAAUUCAACCCAGGGUAGUAAGUCACCAAUUUUCAUCAUGAAACCAGCAAAAGCUACAAGAAAAAACAUCAGUCCUGCUUCCACAGAAAUGACAUGUCAGGGUAAAUCCAGCCCCAGCAAGUUUGGUCCUGCUAACCCUGCAAAUGGAAUAAUGGGUGACAAGCUUGACAGGAAAACAGGAAAGGGUAUCAGUCCCGCAAUCAGACCUGCCAAGGAUUCCAUUGGUCAAUCCUUUCCCCCAGUGGAUAAGAGUAACAAUAAGAUGAGAACAUCAAAAUUGAUGGAAUCCCAAAAAGGCCCUCAAGCAAUCGACGGAGAAAAUGCCACCAACUCCAGCAAUACAGCACAGGCCAAGAGCCCAAGAUUACAAAAGAAGUUUGGUUUGGAGAGGCGCUCACCAACAACUAGCCUAUCAUCAGAUUCAAGCAGUAACAGAAGACACCACAAUAGGCAAUCGGUGGAAUUGUCUUCGCAAAGUACUACACCCAGACAAAAAUCCAGUGAGAUAAAAAACCAAAGGGGGGGCUUUAAGCAUGAAGUUGACGUAGAAGUCAUGCACAUUGAUCAUUCUGAUAGGAUCAAAAGCAACUCCAUCCAGUUAAAGGGAAUGAAUCAAAAUAAUGCAGCAAAAGAGUUUAGCAAGGAAAGCUUUAUGGCUGAGAAAAUAGUUAUAGCAGAACAACCAAGCCCUGUGUCUGUUCUUGAUCCUGCUUUCUACAGUGAAGAACCACCUUCUCCAGUUAAAAAGAAAUCAGACAUCUCGAAAGAUUUAGAUGAUGCUCUCAACACUUACGACAUUACUGAGGAGAACUCAGAAGAUCUACCUCUUUCAUCUAACACUGCAAAAGCCAACUUCAGCAGUGGGUUCAGUGAUACUGACUUGAGAACUCAAAAUUUAGUUCAAAUUCUCCAUCAAAUUGACUCCAAUGAUGAGAGAUUUACCAAUUUCAGAGAUUAUAAAGAUCCUCCCCAUAAGUAUAUAUUAGAAAUACUGUUAGCAUCAGGCCUGCUCAGCAGUCCAAGCUCUUGCUACGUUUUUCAUUCAUCAAGUCACCCGAUAAACCCGAAGUUGUUCAUAGCACUAGAGCAAAUCAAGACAAACAAAAAGUGUUUCAAUAUUGAAUACAAUGGCAAGAAAAUUGCUGGGCUCAACAGUCCUGAACAAUUGCAAAGAAAGCUAAUAUUUGAUGUCGUUAAUGACAUUCUAUCUCAGAAAAUAAUAUUGGAAAGUUCUACCCAGUGGUGCCAGUCAAAUCAGCCAGUUAGUAGAAAACUGAGAGGACAGCUGCUUUUGGAUGAGCUUUGCACAGAAAUUGACAAGUUACAACAUAAAAAUAGGAAUGUACACCUGGUUAAUGUGGAUGAGAAUAUGACAAGUAUCCUGUGGGAAGAGUUGAUGCACUGUCCGACAAUUUACGCAGACAAUUACAUGGAAAUCCCAAAUGUGGUGUUGGAUAUUGAACGGUUGAUCUUCAAGGAUUUGAUAACUGAAGUUGUGAGAAGUGAACUAGCUAGCCAUUCUGGUAAGCAUUGCAGACAACUGCUGUUUUCCAAGUAG